AUGUUCCGAUCUUUUAUGUUUUUUUCGAGAAUCCAAAAAUAAUGGAGAACUUACAGAAACUGGAAUGAAGUAUCGAUUUGCAUUCUGGAUGCAUUGAAUACUACGUUGCAGAAAUAUAACACUAUUACAGUGCUCAAACUGCCCAAUUGUCAAAUAAAUGCUUACGGCAUCUUACAAAUAGCGCAAAUGCUAACGGAAUUCGAAUGUUUGACCGAUUUAAAUCUGGAUAACAAUCCGAAUGUGCAAGAGAAUUUUUUUUUACUUUGCACACCGGCUCGAAAUUUACAUUAUUUAUCAUUGAAGAUGUGCAAAUUAUCCGAUAAAGGUCUACAAAAAAUCGCAGAUGAAUUGAAGUAUCGAGACCCGCCGAACGAUCCAAAAUUAAUUGCUCUCAAUGUGGCGGAUAAUGAUAUUACAGAUAUCGGUGCCGAGUAUAUCGCUGCGAUGCUUCGAACUAAUCGAUCUCUACAAAGCAUGGUCUUAACCGGAAACAAGAUACAAGAUGACGGGGCCUUGCUGAUAAUCCAGGAACUUUGCAUGUCCACUUUGACCCACGAAGAAGUCGUCGAUCUUCGACGUCGCAGAUUUCUUGAGUUGGAGAACAAGCUGGAUAAUGGAACUAUUGAAGAAACUUCCGUCACAAUGCAAUUGAAGAGAAGUGAAAUAUGGCAGCGUCAGAAUUUAAUACAGAAUUCUAAAAAAAGUACGUUUACCAUUUUUCAAGUUUCUUGAAAAUUCAUUUCAUGAUAGUCUUCAAAAUAUAGCGAAUCGUCGCAACAGUUCGUCAAAGAUGAAGAUACAAAUGAAUUCUCCGUCGAUAUCAGACAAUUCCAUUCAAGUAUUUUUUAUCAGCAUUUGAGCUAUUAAUCAAAAAUUAUUGAAAUACGAAGAAGAAUAUAAAAUAUAAUUUUUACAGAUUUCGAAAAAAUCCUCAGAUACUAUCAAUAUUAGUCAUCCAUUUACAAG